AACAAUUCGGGAUUUGCCCAUUCCAAUCGAAUUCUUUUGGGGUUGGAAAUCUCAUUCAUCAGUUUCAAUAAGGAAGGCGCGGCUCGGGUAGCCAUUUAUAAUUAUUGAUAAUGGCAGACGAACUUUCUUUGCCACGAUUGAUAAGAGACAAUACAUCUUCUACCUUUGCCAAAACAAACUUGUCGCGAAAACGCGUCCGCCGUUCACCUCCCCCUGAUUCAAGCGACCCUCCAAUAUUUUCUAGCGACGAUGACCCUUCGGUAGAGAAAUAUACACAGAAGCGACGAAAGCAAAGAUUCAGAGGUCCAUGGUUUGAUCAACAACUAGCUUCCGAUUCUGCCCUUGAGGAUGAACCUUUAGAUCGCAAAGUUCCAAUCAGAAACAAAAGAACGUUCAGUAAAAAGGUGGAUAGCGGAGUAUUUAUGGGCAGUGAUGGUACGGACUUUGAAGACAUAGAGAUGGACAAGGGGAAGAAGUUAUCGCCAGCGAACCAUGUUCCUGUGCCAUCACCACUAAAGCCAAGAAUCACUAUCAACACACCAAGGGAUAUCCAUGCCCAGAGGAAGAUUGAGAAGUGCCUUGAAGAUGGAGAAGAGUACAUCGACUUAUCGUAGGUGAAGACUAUCUUGCAUUGGCACUUCAAGCUAACCAUCAUUAGCCGCAUGGCACUUGAUCAUCUUGAAAACUCUACGAUACGUCCUCUGAAAAGUUUCGUGAAAACCGCGCGUACUCACUCCGCUUUAACCGAUACAACCGCCCAUGUUUAUGACGGUUUCGAGCCUUCUUUAAGAAUCAUUCUCUCGGGAAACACUCUCACUAAACUUCCUGCAGAGUUGUUCAACCUAAAUCGAUUAGUUUUCCUGAGUUUACGAAGUAACGAAUUACAAGAGAUACCACCUGCCAUUGGAAAACUGAAACUUUUAGAGGACUUGAAUAUUGCUUAUAACAAGUUGGGAUAUCUGCCUUACGAGAUUCUUGAUCUCCUUGUCGGGGGAGGAACAUUAUAUGACUUUCAAUUACAUCCGAAUCCAUUCUACCUGCCGAUGGCAAGACCUAAGAGCGGGGAGAAUGGUGCAACUCAUAUUGAGAUCGAUCUCCAACGCAAGCGGCCAUUGACAUUGAUGAAUCAACCAUUUCCCCCUCCAGAAUACGUUGUAACUUUACAUGGGGAUCCUAGUAUGUCCGGUCUUAUAAACCACCAGUGGCAUCAACUUACUCCUCUUUCAGGAAUACCAAUCUCAGGCGAGAAAUGUUCCUUAGCCUAUCAAUACAGAACAGAAGUCAGAUUUUUUAAUACUUUUGGACAGUGUAUAAAAGGCCCUAUAUUUCCCUCAGAUCCUCAAUGGAAAGACAUUGAAGGGCACAUCCAAUUGCCCGUCGCGGAUAUAAGUGAUAUCCCAGAGCCUCCUGCAGUCCAAUCACGCGUUCCGAGCUUGAUCGAAAAAGCUUUGCAGUCUUGCAUUCGAAGUCCUGAAUUCCUACGUCUCGAAUCCUAUCUGGAAUAUAUACCUCCUACCAUGCCUUCUCUACUUCGAAGAGCGGAAAAUGUUCAUUAUUCUGGGCCUACACUAUGUACUAUCUGUGACCGCAGCUUCGUUGUUCCGCGAACGGAAUGGAUAGAAUGGUGGGAGAUUGAAAAGGUAUCCAAAAAAGAUCGGUUGGACGCAGUGAACAAUGCUGCAUACCCACGUGUAGAGAAUGAGAGGGAUACUGUUGAGAAGUUGGUGCCCUUGAUUCGCAGGGGCUGCAGUUGGUUAUGUCUGCCACCAGAAUAUUCCAAUGAUUCGCCUCAGCCAUCCCACGACGAAGAUGACAAUGUCGAGAAUUACGAAAAUGUCGAAAAUGUCGAAAAUGAGAUGGGCAUGGACACGAAUGUUUGAUUUUUAUGCUCUCCAUCAUUGAACGGCGAUAGUAGUCGCUGAUUUGUAUAAAUUGUAAUUAAAAACUGUAUACUGGCUGCAGGCGACGGGUACGGUGAGCAUUUGCUUUGUAUUUAUAUUAGAUGGUCUGGCUCGAAGGCUUGAGCUUAACAGCAUGUUCAGGUUGACGCCUUGGUAAAUGGAAUCAAUUCAGCGUACAUAUAUUUUAAAUGCGAUGCCUUUUUCGCGAAGUUCACUUUUUUACGACUGCGUUCAAUGAAGCUUAAUGUU